CAACAAGAAAAUGCCAUACCAUAAAUAAAUAAUAAAAACCAUUUCUCCAAUUCCAAACGAACACAACACAAGUCAUGGCUUCAUCUUCAUCUUCUCUCUUAUUCUUUUUCUUCAUUUUCUCCUUCUUCUCUCUCUCUAUCUCCCAAUCAUCAUCAACACAAACCUUCAUCAUCCACGUGUCAAAACCUUCUCUUUACACCACCAAUCACAACCACUACACCUCCAUCCUCAACACCCUCCCUCCCUCCCAACACACCCCCUCCAUCCUCUACACAUACACGUCCGCCAUUCACGGUUUCUCCGCCCACCUCACCCCUUCUCAAGCCGCCCACCUAACCACCCAUCCUGACGUCCUCUCCAUCCAACCCGACCAAAUCCGCCACCUCCACACAACCCAUACCCCCGACUUCCUCGGACUCGCCGAAACCUCCGGUCUAUGGCCAAACUCCCACUUCGCCUCCGACGUCAUCAUCGGCGUCCUCGACACCGGAAUCUGGCCGGAGCUCAAAAGCUUCUCCGAUCCAUCUCUCUCUUCUUCCCCCCUCCCAUCUUCAUGGAAAGGUACCUGCGAAGUUUCCCACGACUUUCCUUCUUCUUCAUGUAAUGGUAAAAUCAUCGGCGCAAAAGCUUUCUACAAAGGCUAUGAAUCUUACCUUCAACGACCCAUAGACGAAACCGUCGAAUCGAAAUCACCAAGAGACACUGAAGGUCAUGGAUCACACACAGCUUCAACAGCAGCAGGUUCAAUCGUUUCCAACGCAAGUUUGUUCAGUUUCGCUCAAGGUGAAGCUAAGGGAAUGGCAACAAAAGCUAGAAUCGCUGCUUACAAAAUCUGUUGGAGUCUCGGUUGUUUUGAUUCCGAUAUUCUUGCUGCUAUGGAUGAAGCUGUUUCUGAUGGUGUUCAUGUGAUUUCACUCUCUGUUGGUGCUAGUGGUUAUGCACCUCAAUAUUAUCAUGAUUCAAUUGCUAUUGGUGCUUUUGGUGCUUCACAACAUGGUGUUGUUGUUUCUUGUUCAGCUGGUAAUUCAGGACCUGGUUCUUAUACUUCUACUAAUAUAGCACCUUGGAUUUUAACCGUUGGUGCUUCCACCAUCGAUCGAGAGUUUCCUGCUGAUGUUAUUCUUGGUGAUGGUAGAGUUUUUGGUGGUGUUUCUCUGUAUGAUGGUGACGAUUUACCUGAUUAUAAGCUUCCUUUAGUUUAUGGUGCUGAUUGUGGUAGUAGGUAUUGUUUCAUUGGUUCUUUAGAUUCUUCCAAAGUUCAAGGGAAGAUUGUUGUUUGUGAUAGGGGUGUUAAUGCUAGAGUUGAAAAGGGUAGUGCUGUUAAACUUGCUGGUGGCUUAGGAAUGAUUAUGGCUAAUACUGAAGGUAGUGGUGAAGAGCUUCUUGCUGAUGCUCAUCUUGUUGCAGCUACAAUGGUGGGUCAAAUUGCUGCUGAUAAGAUUAGAGAGUAUAUAAGAUCGAGUCAGUAUCCGACAGCUACGAUCGAGUUUAAAGGCACCGUGAUUGGUGGUUCGCCCGCUGCUCCUCAAGUUGCUUCAUUUUCUAGUAGGGGUCCUAAUUAUGUAACUUCUGAGAUUCUUAAACCUGAUGUUAUAGCUCCUGGUGUUAACAUUUUAGCAGGGUGGACAGGGAAAGUGGGUCCUACUGAUUUGGAUUUUGAUACUAGGAGAGUUGAGUUUAACAUAAUUUCAGGUACUUCUAUGUCUUGUCCUCAUGUUAGUGGCAUUGCUGCAUUGCUUAGGAAAGCUUAUCCAAAUUGGUCACCAGCUGCUAUUAAAUCUGCUUUGAUGACAACUGCUUAUGAUGUUGAUAAUUCUGGUGAGAAAAUUAAGGAUCUUGGAACAGGUAAAGAGUCUAAUCCAUUUGUUCAUGGAGCUGGACAUGUUGAUCCUAAUAGAGCACUUAAUCCAGGGUUAGUUUAUGAUUUGAAUAGUAAUGAUUAUUUAUCAUUCCUUUGUUCAAUUGGGUAUGAUGCUAAGAAAAUUCAGAUUUUCACUAGAGAGCCAACUAGUUUUGAUGUUUGUGAAAAAAGGGAAAAACUUGUUAGUCCUGGUAAUUUGAAUUACCCUUCCUUUUCAGUGGUGUUUGGUGUCAACAAUGGAUUGGUUAAGUAUAAAAGAGUUGUUACUAAUGUUGGUGGUUAUGUUGAUGCUGUUUACACUGUUAAAGUGAAUUCUCCUUUUGGUGUUGAUGUUAGUGUUUCACCUAGUAAACUUGUUUUCAGUGGUGAAAACAAGACUCAAGCUUUUGAGAUUACAUUUGCUAGAGUUGGAUAUGGUGGUUCUCAGAGUUUUGGGUCUAUUGAAUGGAGUGAUGGAAGUCAUAUUGUGAGGAGCCCAAUUGCUGUUAGAUGGAGCAAUGGAUUAUCAUCAUCAUCCUUUUGAGUUUUCACUCAAUAAUUCUUUGUUGAUGUGAAAGUAGAAAUGCAUUGCCAUGCAUAGGCUGUGUAUGGGAUUGGUCUUGUAUUGUAACUUUUCUGCUAGCUUAUUGUACAGACUUCAAAAUAAUAAUUAUUCGGGAGGGGAAUUCUAGACCUUGGAUUAAUGUUUAAAAGUCAUAUGAAAUUCUAACAAUCGAUGACACAUUCGGAAGUAUAAUUUUAAAUAUGAUGCUAUGGUGUGUUGAUUGUUGUUAGUAUUUCAAGGGACUUUUAACAUUUGUGAUCCACCAGCAUCUGCUUAUUGGGAAUGGUUGUUUCUGUUUCAUAAAGUUGUAUUCUAAAUUUCUAAGUACGAUGUGAUUUUAAGAUUUGUAAUUGUGUUUUAUUUUUUGUUUA